CGGGUCUUUGCUUUAGAAGAGAAGCAGAUCUCAUCCCGAGUUGACAGACAGUGCGAGACAGACUGCGCCCCUGCCUGUGCUGCUGCGCGUGUCUUGGACUUGCCGCCACCGAAACAGGAGCAGGAGAAGAUUCGAGGACCACCAACAUGACCAUCAUGGACUGGAUGAUGGCGGUGCUGCGCUUCGCCGCGGUUGCCAGCGUGUGCCCGCGCAUCGUUCCGCGCGACGAGUGGGGCGCCAGGCUGCCCAAGCUGGUGACGGAGAUGCAGAACCCCGUGACCACGGUGGUGAUCCACCACACCGCCUCGCCCGCCUACUGCGCCACCACCGCCGACUGCAUCGCCGCCAUGCAGAGCAUGCAGGUCUACCACCAGGACGGCAACGGCUGGGACGACAUCGGCUACAGCUUUGCCGUCGGCGGUGACGGGCGAGUGUACAAGGGCCGCGGCUGGAACAGGAUUGGCGCUCACGCACCACCCUACAACGCGGACAGCAUCGGCAUCACCCUCAUCGGCGACUGGUCGAACGAGGCCCCGCCCAAGGUGAUGCUGGACGCCGUGGAGUGGCUGAUCCGGUGCGGCGUGGACACCGGCCGCAUCGCCCCCAACUACCAGCUCGUGGGCCACCGCCAGGUCAGGCACACGGAGUGCCCCGGCAACGGGCUGUUCGCCGUCAUCCAGACCUGGGACCACUGGGUGCAGGAUCCGGCGCCGCCCGCGCGCCGCCCCGGCCUGGAGCACCACCACCACGCCGAGGCCGCCGCCGUGGCGCCCCUGCUGGUCGUGCCGGAGACGCCCGAGCCGCAGACGCCGGCCGCCGCGGCGGGCCUGUACGACCCGUCCACGCCGGACGCGGAGCAGGCCGUGGAGGUGGUGGAGGUGCGUCCGCUCAACAAGAGGUCGCUGUGGGACCGCCUCGUCACCAUCUGGGAGAAGGAGGCCAUGAGGCAGGCCGCCAUCGCCCGGCGAGAGGAGCUGGCGGCGCUGCAGCAGCAGGACGCCUCGUGACCACACGGCGACCGCGGCGCCGCGCAGAGCAGCGGCGGGAGACUCAACUAGGCGGCGCCUGCUGGUCAGGAGUCGCGGUCAGGGCGACUGACGGUAGCACGCAGCGCCCGGCCGGCGAGGCAUCAGCCUUGCUUCAUUGAGCCCUUCUCGGGACCUCUCGAUCCUAAUCGGAGUAAUAUCUCAAAGGCGCGCUGCCGCUGAACCAGCGACAGCGCCGCGCUGGUGUAGCGGGCCCUUCAAUCGUCGUGUUUCGUCCCGCGUGUUUAUCUUUGCAUCCCCACAUUCGCGUAGGACGGACCUAGUCCAAAUGUCGUUUGUUUUUUUUGUACGCCUACCUUAUGUUGUGAUAUAAUCAAUCCAGGAGCGGUUUCCCGUGGAUCCACAUCCUGCCAUCAGUAUUCGUGUCUGUGUGCCUGUGAAUGAAUGUGUUACUUUAUUACUGUGUGCGAGAAACUAAUUUUAUAUUUUUUAUUGCGUUUCGUGUGAAUAUGUGUCCUUUUAGUCAGUAAUAAUUAUUGUGUAGUACCAUACCAUGUGCAAAAUAAAAAUAUAACGAUUAAGUUUGA